CCGUGGAAGUCGCUCCGGAGUGAGAUUAAUUUUCAGGUAAUAUUUUCUCGCAAACCAUAAAUGGCAGAGGUGACAGAAAAAUAUUUAAUUCAUUAGAUGGAAAGAAAAUAGAGGAUGUGGGACUAUACAUUGCAACUCCCUGCAUCUCAACAAAGAAAAGCAGCAACACCUCCUCCUUCGAGAGUAGAAGCAACCACACCAAGGCCAACGCAUUCAACCAAAGAUAUCAGACACAACAAAGCUGGCUGUUACAGGAUAUUCUGGCCUCCUCGAUACCAUGAUAGCCCCUCGGACGACAUAGAGACUGACUGACUGCAUCAACACUUCAACAGUGGAGUACUGGUAGCAGGGUUAACUCCUAAGCCACCUCUCGACCCAUACUUAAAACAAACGGCUUGAAUCUGUUGAUGCGCGUAUGAUGUGCUCGUUCAAAUGCUUGAAUGGGAUCUGUCGCGAAUGUGUGCGAGUCACGAAUGUGAGUUUCCAAAAGGGGGCAUGCAAUCCCCUGUUUCAGCUCUUGGGGCCAAGGUGCCCAACCAGAGGCUUGGUGGGGAUUUUCGUUUCAGUGUCUGCUCUUGUGGGCUUCUGGCGGAUGAGUCAUAUGGGUCUCACAACCCUGCCACUCGUGGUUGCUCAGCUUGGGCUCCUGCUGUUGGGAGAGCCAAAGGGAGGCAGCUUUGCUACAAGGGAUUCAGAUUGCAAGGUGAAUUUCAGAGAAGCUGUAGGGAUAAGGACAAAUUUUGAAGCCGAAUUUAGUGCGGUUAUAUCCGGUUUUGAGCAUGCUCAAUCAUAUAAUGUUCAGAAGCUGUGGAUUGAAUGCGACUCAGUGGCUGUUGUUAUCCUCCUUUCGCGAGGUUUAGCCCCCUGGUUUCUUCUUCAAAGAUGGAGAAAUCUCGGUUCUUAUCUUCUCAGCAUCCAAUGGAAGAUUACCCAUUGCCACCGUGAAAUCAACACUAUUGUAGAUUACCUGUCGAAGUCUGUUGCAAAGUAUGAUGAAUCUAAGCCUGCAUUCACUCGGUCUCCUUUGCUUAGUGUGGAGCUGGAAAAGGAUGCAUCUUUGCAUCCUCGGUACAGAUUUUUGUAAUUUUCUUUCUUCUCUGUGACAGGGUCGUUUCUUUAAGGCAUUUAUCCUGCUGUUGGCAAUGCCAAAGGUGGGUUAUUUGUCCUUGGAUUCAUUUUCUUUGUGUUUGGUUUCCUUACCUCUUGUACGUUACUUUUCUUAUUUUUAAUAUACAUCUUUGGAUCUUCUAACGAAAAAAAAUCCUCAUGUCCUCUUUUUCUUGACCCUUCCUAAGUUAGAAUGGAGGCAUCUGCUUCUAUAUUUUAGGUUUUCAUUGCUAACAGUGAGUUUUUUGCUGCCCAAUCUCUUCCUUCUAGCCUUUUAAGGGGCUGCUGUGUUAUUAGUUUGUAACCUCCCAGUCCCCUUCGGAAAGAAAUAAGGUGGUUUCUU